AACAGUCGUCAUUUCAGCUUUGUUAGGAAGCUAACAACAUGGAUUCUGAACUCACAGGCAAAGAUGUUUAUGAGGAAAAAUUUGAUCCUCGGGCUUAUUUAGAAGAAUUCUACAACCCAAAUUCAGGCGUUAUAGUAACAGAAGGUUUAUUGAAAUAUACUUUGAGAAAACUGCAUGAGACAUUUACUGUGCGUGGAGUGAAAGGGGAGACACUUAUUAACUUUGGCCAAGGACCAACAAUUUAUCAGGACCUUUCUGCGUGUGAAUCUUUCAAAGAGAUAAUCGGUGCCGAGUACACUGAGCGUAACCGGGAGUACUAUAAAAAAACCCUGAGAAAUGAACCAGGAAUAUUUGACUGGACAACUGUUAUACAAGCAGUCUGUGACCUGGAGGGAAAGGGUACAACAGUGGACGAGAAGAGAGAAAAACUGAAAAAGACAGUGACAAAGAUAAUUAAAUGUGAUCUAAAUAAAAGAAAUCCUGUGGAACCUUUGGUGCUGCCCAGAGUUGACUGUGUAAUGGCCAUUGGGUCCUUGGAAUGUGCCAGUGAUCUGGAUAGUUUUUGUAAUGCCCUUAAGAACAUAUCAUCUUUGCUAAAAGUGGGAGGGCAUUUAAUAAUUGCUGAGCUUCUUAAUUGUACCUACUACUUGGUAGGAGGCACAAGGUUUUCUUGUGUAACCUUAACUGAGGAAUUCAUGAGAAAUGCUAUAACUGAUGCCGGCUUUGCUAUAAUAGACCUGGAGGUUCAGGCCAGAAAGCCCGACAAAGAGCAGUACAAGAUGUUUGAUCAUGACUCAUCCAUAUUCAUUCUUGCACGCAAACUGCAGGAUAUUGAGGUUGGAGAGGAUAGUAUAUAAUAUACAGCAGAUCUGCUUAUGUCUAUUCUCUACCAAAGUUGAUUUAAACAGUCAUAUAAAAAUAUAUUACCUAUUCUGAACUCUAUUAAAAGAAAAUACAUUUUUUUUCACAAUUUAACUAUCUUUGAGUCAUGUAGGUGUCACCUAAAGAAUUUAACAGUCCCUAAACAAUAAUAUGUCUUACUAUUUUAAUGUUAAAUAAAAUAAAAAAAAUGACAUGUUGACAACAGUGAGAUAACUGCUGUAGAACUAGAAGAGGUGAUUUUAAUUGGGAAUAUCCUUGAUAAUUAAGAAGGUCUAGGUUGGAAAGCUAUCAUUACAAAAGGGUUUUAGAAAGGUUUAUGUUCUCUUUAGGUUUCCUGUUCUUCAAAACUGGUUAAAUAAAUGGGGCAAUAUGCUGUGUUCAACAUGAAGUUAAUAAAUGUGCUUUCCUCAAA